AGCGAUUCACGGUCUUGCACAGACCCGCCAUGGUGUUGGACUAUAAACAAGACACUCGUGCAACGUACGGCAACUACUGAAGCACAUGCUACUCAUCUGGACGGCCAUUGGCUGAGACUUUAUCCGUCAUCGUUACGUCACUUGCAUAAUUAAACUUUCUUUCGAACAUCGCGCUCACUUGUGUGUAUAGUUUUAAUUUGCCGGAGCUAUUUCACGCAGGUAUUUCACCGUACGGAGCUUUUGCAAGCGAAUCGCUCGCCACCUCGUCUGAUUUGAAUGGAGCUUGCAAUCCUUGCUUUGAAUUGUGAUUUGGGGAAUUCAAAAGUCGCCGCUCUAUAGGAAGCAUUGAGCCGAUCAACAAAAUCUAAGCCCCACACUAAUCUAAAACUGAAGACUCAAAACAGAUACUUGAUGUACAUGUAGUUAGUGGAACGGCCGAGUGAGACUUGCCUCACGAACUUGUUCGUGUAGUGCGAACAUUCAGGAAUAAAAACAUGAGCGAAACGCCGAUGGACACGGACGCUCCGGAUGACUUCGAGAAAAAGAAAAAGGAGAAAGAGGUGGAGGAAUGUCGCCAGUUGCUUCAGAGCCACAAACCCUCCCUGAUCAGCCAGGUUAUGUCCCUUGACAUGCUCCUGCACUUGAAGGAACACGUGGUGGUGGACAAGGACAAGGCCAAGGACAUACGGCGCCAGGGUAGAGGCCACAACCGAGAGAUCAACCAGGCUAUCCUUGCCGAGCUGAUGACACGGGGCACCAGGGAAUUCGAGGUGUACCAGCUGGGGCUGCGCAAGAUGAACCUGAACUUGCUGGCGGACUUGCUGGAACAGAAGCACUUCACAAAGAUGAUGCACGUCUUUGAGCCAGUCUCCAAGGGUCUAGGACACCACUGGAAGCACCUGUCGGUGGAGCUGGGCAUGGCCGGCAUCGUGCCCAAGAUUGAGUCCAAGUACGUGAGGGUCCGAGAGCAGGCCCUGUACUUCCUGUUGGUCUGGGAGGAGACGGCCGGCAUAGGGGCAACCAUCAACCGGCUGGUGGAAGGGUUGGAGCUGUGCGGGAUGAAGCAGAUUGUCUUGUACGUCAAAAAGGUGAUUCAAGGGAAGAAUGUCAAGAAAGGAAAGAAGAGAAAGAAGGGCUCAGGUAAUAAAAAACAUUUCUUAUUUUGUUCCAAGACUUGGGGGAAAAAGAAGAAUAAGAGGUUUCAAAGAAUAAAAAGGGAAAAGUCGAGCAUCGACCGGCACCAGGAGGUAACCUAUGCUGGGCAUCAUUCACUAAAAAUGAAGCUGGUUCAGAUCAACAUGGAAUGUUUCUACAGUGUGGAACCAUAG